AUGACGAGCGCGUUGUUCCGACGACUGUGCGCGAGAUUCCUCCGGCCGGCCCGGCCCCGGGAACCGUCGCCGGGACUGCGUAACGCCUUCGCCCGCAACACCGAUUUCGGCGCGGGCAACUGUCAUUGCUGUUGCGCGAGCACCCGCGCCGUGGUGCCCCGGUACGGCGAACGCGUCAAGACGCCGCCGAUCCGAGUGACACUGGUGGACGGCCACGGCCCGGGGCCCGCCGUUUGCGCGGCCGUCCGGGCGGUUCUGAAAGCCACCGCCGCGCCGGUCGAGUGGGACCGGCAGCCGGUCAGCGUGCACCGCGACCCGACCACCGGCCGGCCGAUCGUGAACGCGGAGCUGUUGGAGUCGGUCGCCGAGACCCGCGUGAUUUUGCACGGCCCGGUGCCGGACACCGCGAGCGACGGGUCGCAAGUGUCCACGACGCUGACGUUGCACAAGGCGUUGCGGGCGUCCGUCGGCGUCCAGCCGUUCGCGUCCGUCGACGGUCACCGUCCGUUCGGGCACGUCCGCAUGGUCAACGUUCGCGACAACGUGUCCGGCGAGUAUUCCGAAAACGAACACCUCGUCACGCCCGGUAAAGACAACAAUACCAUCGUCGAUACAAUUUUAAUUUUUACCGUAUGCGCUCGUAAACGCGCGUUUCACAACCCCGAAUAUAUUUCGAUGAGAUAACGAUUUCAAUAAGCCGAUAAUAUUACGUUUGUUUGUUUUUUUUUUUUCUAUGCUUGUUUAUUCCUUUUUUUUUUUUGUUCGCUUUAAUAAGAGUAAGUUUGGUGCGUGCGAAACGAAAAAUUUAUUAUUAUUACGAGUACAAUGUCCAAACGUAGGAAGACCGUCAAAAUCUCGAAACAUAGUCAACGGAAUGUAUAGAAGAAAAAUUGAAAGACCGCAAACGGCAUUGCGGCACUAGACUUGUCACCAAUCGCGGGUUUAUCGUCGGUUACAGAUAUAAAUUAUGUAACUCUAUGCAUCCCACCUUCCCAACUGCCCGUGUACCCAGAUGCAGUGGCCGCACCCGUCUCCGGUAUCGGUUCUUUUUAAAAGUGUUUCGAGUACACACUCGGGGAUAAAAUGUCAAUACCGUUUUCGCAAGGGCCAUUAAAAAAAAAAAAAAAAUCUGUCUUAAAAUAAUGAGGACGGGUGCAGCCACUGUUGUAGGCGGAAAGUCGGGGAGGUAAGAUACGUUGCUAACGAAAAAACAAUUCUGAGCGAUGUUCGGUUGACGAUAUCGCUUUAUCAACAAUCUAUACGUCAUACGGUAAAAUAAUUACAUAUUACACAUUAUAUAUUUUUUCUAAUAAUAUUUGUUGAAUAUUAUAUCUAUUUUCCCGUUUUCUCGGUUUUUUCCGUUUGUCGAGAAAACUCCCGGGAAAAUCAAAAAACGACCUCCCUAAUGUACCUCCCCAAUCAAAUUUCCUCUCAGAAGAAACGCUACACUUGCACACUUGUAAAUCGAAGUGAUAUUUCUGGUAGAAAAAUUGUUCAAAGAUAAAAAAAAAAAAAUAUAUAUAUACCGUAAAACUAUACGAGCUCGUAAGCUUCUUUGCUCCGCUAAGGAUCUAAAACUAAAUAAUUCAUACCGUGGUAAUUUAGUGGAUAAUUUUAAAGAGUCGGCAUUUGCUUUUUACAUUGCACCGUAAACUAUUAUAUAGGCGUGGUGCAAUCGAUCAAGACGGUGACGCGACAGCAUUCCGAGGCGGUGGCCCGUUUCGCGUUCGAAUACGCCGUGGCCAAUGGCCACUAUCACGUCACUGCCCUGCACAAGGCGAACGUGAUGCGCAUGUCGGACGGUACGUUCUUAAAGGCUUGCCGGAGCGUGAGCACCGACUACCCGGACGUGGAUUACCGCGAGGAGAAACUGGACAAGUUCUGUUUGCGGGUGACCAACGACCCGUGCCGGUACGACAUGCUCCUGACGCCCAGCCUGUACGGGGCGAUUGCAAGCGCGGCGGUUUCCGCGCUGGUCGGCGGCCCGGCCACGGUCCCGUACAUGGCGUUCGGGUCCGACGUGGCCGUGUUCGGGACCAUGUACGACGGACCGGCGAUCUGCCGGAAGGACGUGAUCUCUGAGCCCGUGAUUAACCCGACGGGGAUAAUCAGGUCGGCCGCCUGGAUGCUGGGCCACCUGGAAAUGCCCGACAAGCGGCUGCUUAUCGAGACGGCACUGAACGAAACCAUCCGGCAGGGCGUCAAGACCAGAGACAUGGGCGGCACUGCGUGCUGCGAAGAGUAUACCGACGCCAUUGUACACAAUAUUUCUCGAUUGAGUUGA